AUGUCGAGUUCAGGGACGGGCUUCCUGGGCCGCUCGAGCAGCAGCAAUGCGAACAUGCGCGGGUUGGUCCAGUUCAUCGCCGAUCUUCGAAAUGCGAGAGCGCGCGAACUCGAGGAAAAGCGAAUCAACAAGGAGCUUGCCAAUAUCCGUCAGAAGUUCAAGGAUGGCAACCUGAGUGGCUACCAUAAGAAGAAAUACGUCUGCAAGCUGCUGUACAUCUACAUCUUGGGCUGGAACGUCGAUUUUGGUCAUCUCGAGGCUGUCAACCUGAUCUCUGCCAACAAGUACUCUGAGAAGCAGAUCGGUUAUCUGGCCAUGACUCUGUUCCUCCACGAGAAGCACGAACUGCUGCACCUUGUCGUCAACAGUAUUCGCAAAGAUCUGCUCGACCACAACGAACUAUUCAAUUGCCUUGCACUCCAUGCGAUUGCCAACGUGGGAAGCCGAGAAAUGGGUGAAGCUCUCAAUGGAGAGGUCCACAGGCUCCUGAUCUCUCCAACCUCCAAAUCGUUUGUCAAGAAGAAGGCUGCCUUGACACUACUCCGACUAUAUCGCAAGCACCCCGACAUCGUAUCCCCUCAAUGGGCGGAGCGCAUCAUUCACCUGAUGGAUGAUUCCGAUCUCGGCGUUGCUCUCUCGGUGACCUCGCUGGUCAUGACCUUGGCGCAGGACAACUUGGAGCAAUACAAGGGAGCAUAUGCCAAGGCAGCUGCUCGCCUGAAGCGAAUCCUUAUCGAUGGGGAAUACACGACGGAUUACCUCUACUACAAGGUUCCUUGCCCCUGGCUGCAGAUCAAGCUGCUACGGCUCCUUCAAUACUUCCCCCCAUCAGAGGAUACGCACGUCCGAGACAUGAUCCGAGAGUCGCUGCAAAAGAUCUUGAACUUGGCCAUGGAGACCAACAAGAAUGUGCAGCAGAACAACGCCCAGAAUGCGGUUCUUUUCGAAGCCAUCAAUCUCAUCAUCCACCUGGACACUGAACAUGGCUUGAUGAAGCAAAUCUCGACCAGACUGGGCAAAUUCAUUCAGAGCCGGGAAACCAACGUGAGGUAUCUUGGCCUGGAGGCCAUGACCCAUCUUGCCGCACGAGCAGAAACUCUUGAUCCUAUCAAGCAGCACCAAGAAAUCAUCCUAGGCUCCCUCAAGGAUCGAGAUAUCAGUGUCCGUCGCAAGGGUCUUGAUCUACUCUACAGCAUGUGCGACGCAUCGAAUGCGCAGGUCAUUGUUGGCGAACUGCUGCACUACCUGCAGAAUGCCGACUUUGCCAUCCGAGAAGAAAUGGUCCUUAAGAUUGCCAUUCUUACGGAAAAGUACGCUACUGACGUGCAGUGGUACGUCGACAUCUCCCUACGGCUCAUCGCCAUGGCCGGAGAUCACGUCAGCGACGAGGUGUGGCAGCGAGUGAUCCAGAUUGUGACAAACAACGAGGAACUCCAAGUCUAUGCGGCGCAGAAUGCGUUGCAGUACGUCAAGGGUGACCAUUGUCAUGAAACCCUGGUUAAGAUCGGUGCCUACAUCCUGGGAGAGUUCGGCCACUUGAUUGCCGACCAGCCUCGUUGCAGUCCCAUUGAACAGUUCCUCGCCCUUCAGAGCAAGCUAACCGCGUGCUCGUCGAGCACUCGUGCCAUGAUUCUCUCAUGUUUCAUUAAAUACGUCAACCUGUUUCCGGAAAUCAAGCCUCAGCUCAUCCACGUGUUCGAGUUCCACAGCCACAACCUGGACUCUGAGCUUCAGCAGAGAGCUUGCGAGUACAUGACUCUUGCAAGCAUGCCGACUGACGACCUCCUGCGUACCAUCUGCGAUGAGAUGCCACCCUUCCCCGAGAGACAAUCCGCACUUCUGUCUCGUUUGCACCAGAAGCAUGCUAAUACGAGUGACCGAAGAACCUGGGUGGUGGGAGGAAAGGAUGCCAACGCCGACGCUAGGGAGCUUAGCAUGGGAACUGGAGCUCUUAAGAGGACCUUUAGUUCCAAUGUGUCUCUGAAUGGCAAGACCAAUGGCCAAGGCGCGUCUGGAGCAAAUGGUCAUGGCAACGGCGCGGCCGAUCUGGCUGGCCUUGAUAUGAACGCACCCACGCCAUCCGAGCCCAAGAUGCUGAAGGCGCCGAACCUGGCUAGUGCUGCUCAUCUGUCACCUGGAUGGGAGCCUGGGUUCAACAAGCUGCUGGUCAGGUCUGAUGGUGUACUAUACGAGGACGGACAACUUCAGAUUGGUGUCCGGUCCGAGUAUCGUGGCCAGAUGGCUUGCUUGAUCACAUAUUUCAAGAACAAGACCCCUGCCACCAUGAGCUCGUUUACAACGACCUUGGACUUGGACGAGAGCGAAAAGAACAACCUGACAUGGGAUGUUAAGAACCUCCCUGACAGUACCAUCGUCCAAGGCGGACAAUCUCAGCAGGUUGUCAUGUUUGAGGCGAAGAAGAUCUUUGAGAAGAGCCCUACAGUGCGCAUCAGCUACCUGGCUGGUGCCCUCCAGGCCCUCACUCUGAAGCUUCCCGUGGCGAUCCACAAAUUCAUGGACCCGGCAGACUUGUCUGCGGAGGACUUUUUCAGGAGGUGGAAGCAGAUUGGCGGAGCUCCCCGUGAAGCUCAAGGAAUCUUUGGAUUGUCUGGCAAAGGCGGCGGCAGGGAGAUCACAGAGAGCUUCAUCUCCAAGACAGUGGAGGGAUUCAGAUGGCGUGUGCUGGACAUGGUGGACCCCAAUCCAAAGAACUUUGUCGGUGCGAGCGUGCUUCACACAUCUGAAGGGGGCAAGUUUGGCUGUCUCAUGAGACUGGAGCCAAACUAUGGAAACCAGAUGAUUCGACUCACUAUUCGGGCAACGGAUGAUUCGGUUCCAGCUGUUUUGUUGAAGUAUAUGCAGGAACGGCUUUCUGCAGGAGUGUCGACGUCACCAGAGUUUGAAGCACCCUCUCGAGAGCAGAUUUCGGACGCUUUCCGCAACAUCAUGGUUUCCUGA